AUGUCAUCAGUCAGAAUUUAUCCUCCCAAGAAGGGCUCACCGGCUUCAGACAGCCCGUUGCCACCGCUCAUCAAGACCCCCUCCGGACUCGCACUGCUUGAGAUGCAAGGCACCGUCAAUGUGCCUCACUUCAACCCCGAUGAUGACCCAAGCAAAACGGAACCCGAGAUCUCCAUUGGCAAAGUCAUUUUCCCUGAUUACCACCCCGGCACGCAAGAGGAGGGCAGUACGGCCUGGAUGAAGCGCGUCUUCCUCUAUGUCGGCCAACACCAGAGACUGCAAGGCGAGGUCAAGAAGCUCCCAAGGGCCAUGGCUAUCAUACGCCGGAAGGGAGAGGCGGUCACGAGGGCUGAAGGAGAGGCCGAGGAGGAGCUCGAGAUUGCCGAGAUUGUCAAGUACAAGAUCAUGUUUGGAAACCGGCCUGAGCCCGUUGGUACGGAAACUUCUUAG